CAUGGGUAGUACAAAUUGCAGUGAAAAAGAACUAUUUCCUGCUAUACACAGCAAAAAUAAUAAGCUGAAUUUAUCAUAUAAUUUAGCCGGCUUUAAGCAUAUGUCGAAGCAGUCUUCGAGUGGGCACCAGCGAACUGAGACUGAUACAUUUUCGCAACAAGUUGAAUUACAACCUCUUAGAACAGGAGUUGAUACCGUUGUUAGAUAUCAACAAGACAACAGAAAUUCAAUGGGAGACAGUAAGAAAUGUCUAAUCUUAACAGUGUCCGUCCUAGUGGCAAUUGGAUCCAUUCUAAUUUUGAUACUUGUCCCACUAAGCUUUUCCGGAGUUGAAUAUUACGAGUUCGCUUUCAAAAAGAGAAAGUCCACGGGAUCUAUCUACAGAGAGAAAGCAUACGAUGUUGGAAAGUAUCAUUUAGGUCCAGAUUUUUCUUUUCUAAAAUUCCCGGCUUAUGCACAACACGAAUCGCUUCAUGUAACAAUAUUCGAUUCUGGAAAAACCGAAAUUACAAUCCAAGCAAGGUUUCAAUAUUUCCUUAGAAAGGACUUAUUAAAAUAUUUACAUGGAAAAUUCGGCAUGGGAUAUAAGCCUAUCGUAAGGAAGAAUGCUAUAAAUGCGCUGAAAAAUACUGCAACGAAUUUUGCUCUUCGUCAGUUUAUUCUAGAGAGGAGUAUUGUAGAAAAAGAGUUGUUUCAGCGUAUCAAAACUAUUCUUGGAGGAGAAUGUUGUGCACCCGAUUGUAAAGAAAAUUGCAAGUGUAUUCCCUAUAAAAAAUGCACGGAAGACGAUUUCGGAACUUUCGUAGACGUCCGAUUUUUUCAAUUGCUUAGCGUUAAGCCUCCGCCGGGGAGACAAGUUAAAAAAUUAUCUUCGUUAGUUUUACCAGAACAGACUGAGGUUGAAAUUAUAAAGCACGACGCUAAACAAAUUAGAUUAGAAACUGAAAAGGAGGUGAAUGAAAUUGAAAAUUCAGCCAAUGAAAUAAAAAUGAACGCAACGGCCGACGCCGAUUAUCUAAAAGCUAAAGCUCAAGCCGAAGCCGCCGCCAUGAUUGAAAAAGCUCGAUAUGACGGAUUAAAGAAGUUUUACGAUACUGUCGGAUUGUCAGACGCCAAGCAGAAAAUCGCUUUCGAUUAUUUGAGAUCGGUUCAGAAAAGCGGUAACACUCGCCUCAAAGUUAAUUUUGAUAAGAUGGUAGCCAUACUCAACGAUAAAUAG